CAACUAGAAAUGUUCCAAAUAAUUAUUUUCAUAAAAUUAGCCCUAAUCUAUAUAUUUAGAAUUUUCAGUUCUUGAUACCACAGUUCUUGAUAUAAUUUAUCACUACUGUCAUUGGGCCUUACGCCCAGUGGCAGAAAAGAAAACUACUUCAAGAGUUUUUAUUAAAAGCUUUUUGUUAUUACAAAAAUUAAAGAAAUGGAUUAUCCAACACUUAACAAGCGUACUAAGCCAAUACCUGGAGGAAGUACUGAAGAAGAGUAUCGUCAAGUUAUGCGUAAAAUUAUGGAAGGUUUAACAACAGAAAACCUUGAAACGGUUUUAUUUCUUUGUAAGGAUCAUAUUCCUCAUGGAAGGGAAGUUAAAACUACUCUCCAGUUUCUGAAAUUUCUUGAAGAUCGUGACCUUGUAUCACAGGACAGUGCUAUUUUCAUAGCUGAGGUACUUCACAUUAUCCGCCGAAUGGAUCUUCUUAAAGUGAUUCCGUGCAUUAAAAACAAGCAACAUUUUGAAUCAGAAUAUCUUGCACUUACCUAUUGUUCAUUCUCUAACUACAGGGUUUUAACAGUUCAACUCCAAGAGCAAUUAUCUCAAAGGGAUUUUGAAACAUUUCGUCAUGAAUGCUCUGUUCAUUUGAAUGUUCGAAGCUUAGACAGUGCAACAAAUGUUCUUCAGCUACUCAGAAAAUUGGAAGAAGAAGAUGUUAUAUCCCAAGAUGACUUCGAUCAACUAAUCAAAAUUCUUGAAUGUAUUGAGAAUGUGAAGCCGUUAAAAUUUUUUCAGAGAUUACUCGAUGGAGAUGAAGCAGUUGCAGUGCCGGCUACAAAACAACCACAGAGAAAUCAUGGGCAGCAAGUUAUGUACGCUGAUCGUUCUAAUGUUCAACCUAACCCGUCCCCGGCGCCGUGGCCUGAAAAUACUGGAAGAGUUGAACCUAUGCCUUUUGGCCAACCACCCAAGUAUGAAUCUAUCCAUGGGGUUCAAACAUGGCAGACUGGAAGUUUUUACGAUGAACCAACACCGGGAAAGUCUCACGCUAAAGGCCCUGUAAGAUAUGAAUUCGAUAGGCAAGGUAGUGCCACAACGUUUUCCCGAUCUAAUGCCAGAUGGUUUCAGGGUGAGGGGGAAGUUACUCCCAAGCAGUUGGUUGGUGGCAAUGCCAGAUUCAACAAUGCUCAUCAGUAUCAAUCUAUGCCUCCUCAACAUAUGCAUCACCCGCAGUUUCAGCGCCAUACAAGUGAAAAUUCUGUGUUUUCUUCCAUGCCUAUAAAUUUUGAAAGAUCUCCGCCACAUUUUGCAGAACAAUUAUCCGACACAUCCCCUGAACCACUUCCUGUGCGUCAUAUCGAAACUUAUCCACGUUUCGAACGGCAACAUGGUUAUUUUGAAUAUGAGAGAAAUCGACGUUCAACACCAAGCGUUGAUGCCCCGCAAGUUUAUGCUUCUCCGAGCAUUUUGUCUCAUCAUCAACCGGUUUACCCAUAUGGGGUAAUGCAACCACAGGCUCAGCAUAUGCACUAUCAAGUUAUGCCUCAUACAAUACCCCCACGUAUUCCUGAAGUUGUAAAAGAGCUACAGAACCUCUCAAUGAACGAGAGUGAUGCUGUUAAAGAUGGUAGUAGAUAUAUUCCUGUUGAUGAGACUGAAAUAAGUGUUUCAAAUAAAGAAAUUGGUGAUCUUGCUUCACCCAAACAGCAGUCAAGUCCAAGUUCCAGUCCAGGAAACGAGAAAACAAUAGAAGAGCUGCAAAAACGCAAUAAAGAAUUAGAAAAUUUUAUGUACGAACAUAAAGUCGCUGGAUCAUACAAAAUGGACAGCUCUCCUGCUGGUAUAUGUCUACUGAUUAACAAUGUGAAUUUUGAGAAAAACAGAAAAUAUGAAGAGCAUGAUCGAAGAACGAAAUUGAAUGAACAAAUUACCAACCCAUCUCAAAAACAAAGCCUCCCAAGGCUGGACUUGAAAGACAGAGCCGGUAGUAAUAUUGAUGCUGAUAAACUAGAACGGUUGUUCAAAAAUUUUGAUUUUAUUGUUCAGAGACACGAUGAUUUAGAUCAACGAGGUAUACUUAGGGUCAUGAAAGAGGUGAGCUCUGCUGAUCAUGCAGCCUACGAUUGCUUUUUGCUUAUUAUUUUGUCUCAUGGCGACAAUGGAUGUGUCUUUGGUGUAGAUGGAUUUCCAGUGAACAUCACAAAGAUCCAAGAUUACUUUUUUGCACAAAACUGCAACACUCUUGUGGACAAGCCAAAGAUUUUCAUAAUUCAGGCGUGCCAAGGCACCAAAAAAAUGCCUGCUGUUGCCCCUGAUUCUGAUAUUAUGCAUGAUGGUCCUCAAGCUGAGAACAACACUGUUCCAAACAAGGCUGAUUUUCUUGUUGCAUUCUCAACAGUGCCUGGCUUUGUAUCAUACAGAUCCCGGUUAGCUGGAUCAUACUUUGUAAAAGAAAUUGUUCAAAUUUUCAAGAAGCACUUCGAACGUCAAGAUUUACUGAGUAUGAUGAUCAUGGUAAAUGACGAAGUGGGAAAAUACGAAAACAAACAAGUUCCCAUGCCAGUUGCAACACUUCGCAAAAAAGUUUUCUUUCAUUUGAAAAAAGAUUCUGAGCUCAGUGAUGAAGAGGAUCCAGAGCAAGAUGAAAUACCUGGUCCUGAAACAUCUGGAUUACAGUUGAACUUGGACAGAAUUUCGGAGGAAGGUGCAGUCGGUGGUAUUGGCACGGCAUCUACGAUUCCGCGAGAGAGAGUGAUGCAAAGCAUGCAAGAAUCUGGGGAGCAAGAUGAAUAGAUUGAAAAAAGUAUUUUGUAAUACUUAAGCGUUGGGGGAAGUAUGACUGAACUAUAACAUUUCAAAAGUGACUUGUGAUAAUGGUCGUAUCGCUUUUUGUAGCGAUGCUCAUCAGCUGUAGUGAUCAUUUGCUUCAUGCAUGAAAUUUUAUAACAUUUGUUAUUUUGGGACAACUGUUGGAAUUUGAAUCAGUUUGAAACAGUUAUUCCAGUAUUUUGCUUUUUCAAUUUUCAAACUGCUGACACGCACAAAAUGAGUUUGCAGAUUUGACAUAAAUCAUGAUGUCAGGUAUAUGAACAGAUAAAUACAACAUUUUAUAUAAUGAUGGAUAAUACGAAAUAUGUUCCAUACAUCGCUGAUACAUAUGUAUAUAUUCAGUUUCUUAUUAUUGUGUGCUAUUUGCUCUGUUACAUAUUUCAAAAAUCAAAAUUUUUUUUCUCAUGUGAUUGAUGAUGCAACAUAAAGGCAUGUAGAUAUUCAUCAAUCUUGUGAUGUUUUGAAUACUUUUGAAUACCAGAACAAGUACAGCUUUGAAACCCACACAAUUGCCCCUGGUCCAUAAUGACGGAAGAUAAAAAAAAAGUCUGUUUUUGAUAAUGUGACACAAUCUACUUUGGUUCACAUACUUCUCGUGAUAAUGCCUUUAAUUAAAAAUCUUGAUACUUGCGAAACAUGUAUCAAUUAUAACAUCAUAAUAACAAUCACUUAGCCGCAUGUUUUUCCUGUUAAAUUCAUUUUUAUUUAUGCUUUUAUAAAACCACACAGACUUUUGGAAAGGUAUAUUCAGAUAUGAAUAGUAGAAAUAGCCUCAUGACCGAGUGACUCAAUGUUCAAAGUAGUUGGGUUUCCCAGUGUCGUCCUUACUUUGAGGAAAUGAUUAAGUUGAUGUAAUGAAAAUUUUAAAGACCAGUUUAUUUAAACAAGACAAUAGUCAUUGAUUUAUACAAUGCCAAUUAUGAUCAGUUCUCUAUGUCACAGGUUCAGUAUAGUUUAAUAUGAAUGGACAAAACCAUUAUUAAAAUUUAUUUAAUGCAAUCCCAUUACUGCUCAAUGAAAUACUGUAUUUCCCACUUGUUAUGUGAUGUAUUCCACAUUUUUCUUGCUGUUUUCGCAAACAAUCCUUUGUAUGCUUUGUCUGACUGUUAUUUUCCAGCAUGACCAUAAAAAAGUUUGAAAAACACUAAAAACAUAGUUUAAAAAUUAUUUUCGUACAUGUUGAAUCUUGCUUCAUUUUGUCGCAUAUAUAAAUAAGCCAUUUUGACUAAAGUGAAAAAUCGGGAAGAUUUUAAUACACCUAUUUUUUUUUAUUUGCAAUGAGUAUAAUUGCUCAUUUAUGUUGCUAGAAUUUGGUAGGUGUGCGCGAAAUUAUUAAUUUGAAUGAUUCUAUAUUUGUAUUAUUAGUGAAAAUUCAAUUUGUACAAGAAGCCGCAGAUAUUUCAUAUUAUAUUCUUUUCCUAUCCCUAGAGACACAAAACUAUGGCAUGCUUUUGAAUUCUGGUCGGUGUAUUUCUAAAAUAAUGAUAAUCUAUAGACCUCACAAUAUGUCGUCGGUGAAAUCCCACCGAAAUAACUCAGCUCUUAUUGUAACAGCCAUGAUCUUUGUUUGUUGGCCUUUUCAAAAUCGCUAGACCGUUUCAUGAAACCGUUGUGACUUUCGGUUGAUUAAUCUUGUUCUAUAGAUAAAAUUGUGAUGUAAUGUUGUUUUUCAUAAUGACUUUGCUUGGUUUUCCAUUUGUGUUUACCCUGACUGGUAUGUGGCUUUAUUUCAUCAUUUUCUCUGACGUAAAAAGGUGGAUCUUGUACAAAUAUUGACUUGAUAUUCAUUUGUGUGUUUAAUAAUUAACGAUUGUAUUCUGAUUUUGUUUGCUUGGUGUGCACUGUUCUGGUCUUCUUUCGUUUAGGCAAAACUGUAUCUUGCUUGGGGUAUUCCUAUCUCAUGAUGGACUGAGGAAUCUCUUAUUUAUCAUGCAAAUACAUGUGGACUAAUUUUGGUCCAGGCCUUGAAUGUUACAGUCCCAGUGCAAACAGAAAUUAUUUGGUCUAUCAAGAAAUUCAACUUUUUUUUUUGUACCUUGACUAGAUCAUCGACUGAGAAGUACUUAUGGCGUAAAUGUAAAAAUAUCAUUUUGCCAGUCCAUGGGGAUGCCCGUCUUGUUUGAGAUUCUGCAUCUGGGGUGUAAUUUUCAACUAACAGCUUUGUUAUUUCCUGUCCUAUGUAUAUUUAUUGGAGAUGUCUUCCAAUAAAGGAUAACCAAUAUUAUGAUUAGAACUUAGAAGUAUGUUUAUUUCUACCCUUUUUUUUCAAGUCAACUUUUUGUUUUUGCUUAGCCGUAGUGAAGCUUUGCAUAAUAAAUUAUAUAUAAAAA